UCUCUGACUGAAAAACGCUCUCUAAAAUGGAAGAAUAAUAAUAAUAAUAAUAAUUUGUUGGGGGUAGAGCAUAGACUCAGCACCUCAUAUCAUCCUCAAACUGAUGGACAAACUGAGCAAACCAACCAGACAAUCGAACAAUACCUCCAACAUUAUCUUGACUAUGACCAGGACAAUUGGGUUGAUAUUCUACCAAUUGCACAAUUCGCAUACAACAAUGCAAUCAACUCGACAACUGGAGAAACACCCUUCUAUGUGAAUUACAGAUAUCAUCCUCAACUGGCCUACAAACCUCUGAAUCAACAAGAAGAAGCGCUACUGGCAAGAAAAUGGACAGACAAUCUACAGCAUAUGCACACAAUGAUGCAACGAGAUAUUGAAUUUGUGAACCUCAGAAUAGCAACAUACUAUGAUAAAAAGAGAUCUGAGGGACCAGAUCUCAAGGUGGGGGAGAAAGUUUACCUUCUACAACAAAACAUCAAAACUAAAAUGGCCGAGUGCAAAAUUGGAUCACAUUCGACUGGGACCAUUAUUAUUAUUAUUAUUAUUAUUAUUCAAGUUUAA